AUGGCAACACUGAACGAGCAACUUGCGACUCUGGUUGAGAAUUACUCGGCUUGUGAUGUAUCAGACGCCCUCAUAAAGCUCCAAAAGACACCGGAAGGCAGCAGAGCGAGAGCAGGCUACCUCGCAGACCUAGUCCCAUUCUCUCCAAUAACAGGCCGCAACACACAAACCCCCAAAAUCGCCGCACCAGCAACAACCUUCAAAUUCAUCUCAAAGAGCAGCAAGUCACCAAGUAUAGCAACAGAGAAUCCACGAAAGCACGGCUUCGAAUCGGGCAAGCACUGGGUCGACCAUGUAGGCGAAUUCGCAGCUGCAGAUCCUUCAGGCGCUGGUUCUAUUGUUGUUAUUGAACAGCCGGAUGAUCAGUUCUGUGCUGUUACCGGUGGUAUUAUGGCGACUAGGAUGGUAGCUGUUGGGAUUCGGGGGACUGUUGUUGGUGGCAGGAUUAGGGAUUUGGGGGAGUUGAGGGGGACCGGUCUUCCGAUCUGGGCGCGGGCUACCUCGACUGUUGGGACUAAUGCCGAGGCGAAAGCUGGUGCUCGCGAUGUGCCGAUAUCGAUUGGGGGUGUUACUGUUUCACCGGGAGAUAUUAUCUUCUGUGAUCCGUUGGAAGGUGUCGUUGCUAUUCCUCGUGAACUGCUGGGUCAAGUGCUUGAGAUCAUGCCUAAGUUGAUUGCGAUGGAUGAGAAGGCUAAGGAGGCCGUUGCCCAGGGUAUGAGUGUUACGGAUGCCUUCAAGAAGUUCCGCUCUGCGUUAUGA